GUGGAAGGGUGAGGGCUGAUUUAUCCGUGCUACAAACUAACUGUAAAAAAAUAGAAAAUUUGCAGUUGCAAUCUGUAAAGUUGAGGCGGGGCAGAAAUCGUCAGCAAUAUGUGAGACGGGUGUUUUUCUCAUUUCUGAAACUCUUCCAUUCUCCCUAACAUGCCUCAAGCACGCAUGAAAAUGAACAGGUUCUGCCGGAGUAGGUGAUAAAGCCAAACAGCACGCUCUUUUUGAUGAGUCCAGCACGGACUAGGAAUGCAAUACAGUCUCAUUGGAGAAUAAGUUUCGAGAGAAGGACUAAAUAGUUGCAAACAGCCUAAACUGAAACCAUGGACGUAUUCAAUUCAUGAAGAAUCUCAGUUGAGCCAUAAAGUUCUCUCUCAGGAAUCAGCAUGGCGCACCGCUCUCAGUGUUCCUCAGCAGGGGAUAACCCCCUGGACCCCAAAUACCUGCCUUCCCACUCCCGCGAGGAGUACCGGCUGGCCAUUGACGCACUGGUGGAGGAUGACUUGGAGGGCUAUUAUGAAUUCCUUCAGAGUGCGGAUGUGGUGGACUUCCUCUCCAGACAGGAAAUUGAGCACAUUAGGUGCACAGUGCAAAUUCCGUACCAGAGCACUCAGCCAGAGCUCCCGUAUGUAGAGUCUGAGGGAGAUGGCUCUUCAGACACAUACUGGCCUGUGCACUCUGACUUGGAUGCACCUGGUCUUGACCUUGGCUGGCCCCAACAUCAUCACUUCAUAGGCCCUACCGAGGUCACCACGCUGGUUAACCCCUCUGAGCCAGAUAUGCCCAGUAUCAAGGCGCAGGCUCGUCGACUUAUCAAGAAUGCUCAACAAGUGAUUGCUGUGGUAAUGGACACCUUCACAGAUGUGGACAUCUUCGCUGAUAUUCUGGAUGCUGCCAUGCGAAGUGUUGCCGUGUAUAUCAUUCUGGAUGAACAGAAUGCACACCAUUUUACUACCAUGGCUUCCAACUGCCGGGUCAAUCUGGAGAGCAUUCAAUUCAUGCGUGUCAGAACUGUGUCAGGCAUCACCUAUCGCUGUCGCUCUGGAAAGUCCUUCAAGGGUCAAAUGCUGGAUCGCUUCUUGCUGACCGACUGCAGGGCUGUCCUGAGUGGAAACUAUAGCUUCAUGUGGUCUUUUGAGAAGAUUCACCGUUGCAUGGCUCACCUCUUUCUUGGACAGCUUGUGACUACUUUUGAUGAGGAGUUCCGAAUCCUGUUUGCACAGUCCCAACCUUUGGUACCUGAAAAUGUCCUUGUUCCAGUGCCAGACUACAGCAGUUUAUCUGACAGCCAAUACAGCACUGAUAGGACACCAUUGUUCAGAGAUCCCAGAAAGUUCCUGCCCAUAGAGAGCUCUCGUCCUAAAGAAUGGGCUAGACAUUCCUUUGAUGAUCAGAAAAGAAUGCCCCCUGGAAGGCACGAGCACAUCCACAGGUCACUAGAUCAGGGUCCACUAGAUAUGCGCAGAAACAAGUACUCCUCACAGCAAUUUAGAAUAGAGCAGCAGUAUUUUAUGGACCAAGGUCACCCUAUGAUACAGUCGAACACAAUGGAUUUUGCUGGCUCUAAAAGGCACAGUUAUGCAGAGGGCACUUAUGCCAGACACUCCUCCUCUCAAUUCAUGCAGCACCAAGCCAUGCACAACUUUGAGGAGGGUAUGGCAACCCAAAGCAGGAAGAUACAUAGGGAACAGCAUCACUACCAGAGAACGGGGCCAGAGCCUGGUUAUGGUAGCUACGAUCAAUUCAGGGACCAAGGGUACCCUCCGAUGGAUCAGUAUUCUGAGUCUGGGUACUCACAUGGAAUAGAGAUAGAGCCACCAGACAACUAUGACCCUGUAGUGAAUUAUUUAUCAUCAUCAAAACUUGCUAUGGAGAUGGGACAUGGCUCAGAUAAAUUAUCACAUCCAGGAGAGGGUCCCUUUUGUCAUUCAAAUGCAAAAAGACUGAGUGUGGGCCAUCCUUAUGCCUGUCAGACCUCCCCAACACAACAAAACCUGUCUGAACAGAAGCAGUUUUUUGUUGGGUCUGGUUCGGACCGUAAAACACAGGAUCCCAGUGCAAAGCAGGGGAUGCGAGAUUGGAGGAUCAGCUCAUACCUCAGUGCAUAUGAUGAUGCCGGGGAAGAAGACAUUUCACAGCCUUUUGGAAAUGAUCCCUUUGAAGAGCCCCUUAAUCCCUCACAAGGAAUAAUAUUUGCUCCACUGGUAUCAGAUCCCAAGUUUAAUGCCAAAGAGUUACCCAAGAUUGCAGGGCUCAGGUUAAAGACCACACGCCCAGAACAUUCAAGAACACCAGAUAUUAUUGUUAGCAUGGCAACAGAUGAAGGCGACAAAUCAGAGGAUAUGGAUGUAAAAGAGCCCAAAAGAGAAGAGUCAUUCCGUAGGAGGUUCAACCCUGCUAUCCAAAGGACCUCAAGGCUAAGAUCCUCACUAAUCUUCAGCUCACAACUAGAACAGCAUAUCUCUCAAGAACUGAACCUUACCUCAGGCCAACAUUGUGAGGAAACUGCCAACGAGGAAGAUGACCAAUCUAGAUUUUCCUUGACUGCUCAGAUUUUGGGAAAACGAAGAUCCAUAACAAGAGAACCUUUUGAAUGGAGAUGUAAUAAGCCAGCAACAGUUGAUAAUUCAACCAUAGAGUCUUUGAAAUUUGAGGACAUCACUACUGAUGCCGGUGAUAAGGAAUUGCAAAAUAAUCCUCCUUUGGGCACCAACAUGGCUUCUUCAAAGGAACAACCUAAACCUGACCAUGAAGAAGAAAGCAAAAUGGUACAAUGUGCACAUCCAUCCAAAUCUGCUCAAAUUGAGCAACCCAAAACCAUACAAACAGCACACCUGCCAUCUUCAUUGAGCAAUACAUUAUAUAUAGAUAUGAAUGAUCCAGACAGUAGGUUCAAGUUUUUUAAAGAGUUGGCUGCCAAACGAAAAGCUGCAAAGGCUUCAGAGUCUGAGAGCAGCGCUGAAAAAGCUCCUCUAAAUCCAGUGACUCCAUUUGACUUGAAAACAAAGGACGAAGUCACAAGUGUAGAACCUACUCUUCCAGUGGCUCCACUAAAUCCAGCAGAUACUUCCACCAAAAAGCCAUCUACAUCAACAGAGGGACCUCUUAACCCAGAAGAUACAUCAAACAAAAAGACAGCAACAUCAACAGAGACCCCACCUAAUCCAGCAGAUACUUCAACAAACAAGACAGCAACAUCAACAGAGACCCCACCUAAUCCAGCAGAUACUUCAACAAACAAGACAGCAACAUCAACAGAGACCCCACCUAAUCCAGCAGAUACUUCCAACAAAAAGGCAGCUACAUCAACACAGACCUCUUCAGAAACACUGGAGACCUCACCUGUCUCACAGGGGAAUAAAACAUCCAUGGCAACACAUGGCUCAUUACAUCUUGAUGUCAAAGACAAGGCUUCUAAAAAUGAAGAACAGGAAGAACUUAAUCUUCCCAAAAGUGACUCCAAAACAUUCCUAAUUCGUAGAUUAUCUUGUGACGAUGGGCUACUUAGAGUCUCUAUGGAUGCUGAGAAGAUUGAGCUGAAGAACAGUCAGAACCAAAGUGUGUCUGAAGUUAACACAAGAGAUACAAGUGCAUUUCUUGAGCACACCUCAAAAGAGCGUAUCUUUAACAUCGCCCCAAAGGAGUUUAGUUCAUAUAAACUAUCACCAAAGGAACCAAAUUCUUCAAAUCCUGCUUCAAAGGAUCUGAGCCCAUCUCUUCCACUCACCCUAACAGAAGUUAGCUCGUUGUUAUCUCCAACAUCAACGAGUUUCAGUUUAGCUAAUCUCACUUCAUUUAAACAUGCUGCAAAAGAUUUGAGCUCAGCCCUUACCCCCACCCUUAAUGAGUCCAGUUCAUCAAAGCAGUCCAACAAACCUCUGAGCCCCACCCAAUCCGAAUCAAGUGUCUCUUCUCAUCCCAUUCCAUCAAAAUCCAGCACCUCUGCUCAUACCAUCCCAUUGCAAUCAAGUCCCCCCAUUAUUCCUGGUCCAGUUGAGCCAGUUGUGUCUCCCAAGCCUGACAAAACUGAUUCCAAGGAAUCUCUUAGCCCUACCCCAAUGCAAUCUUGCUCGUCCUCAAUCCCUGCCCCUGCAACAAAACUUAGCCUCCGGCUAAGCUCUACCCAAACAAAAUCCAGUUCCUUACCUACAUCCACCUUAGUUGGGUCCACUUCAUCAACACCAAUAGACUCUAACAUCUCUCCCACUCCCUCCACAAAGGAGUCAUUGUUUACAAUUGCCACAACUGAGUUAAAGUCACCCCCUCCAAAGACCAACCCAAUAAAAUCCUACUCCUCUCCUAGUCCUGGCCAAGAUGAGUUUGUUUUAUCCCCCAAACCCUCCAAAACAGCAUCCAUCUCUGAUCCAAAGCCCACCACAGCAGAGUUUAAUGACUCUCCCAACUCCUCACUUCCAUCGCCAAAGCAUUUCACGGAACAAGCCAACAAAUCUCCCAUCCUAACACCAACACAAUCUAGUUCUUCUUCCAAUCCAACAACAAGAGAACCCAACCCUCUUCCUAACAACACCCCAACAGAACCAGGUGCAUCUCCUGACCACACCCCAACAGAUUCAAGUGCAUCUUCUAACCCUACCCAAACAAAAUCACAUUCCUCCCCUAUGUCUGCGUCAGGUGGAUCAGUUUUGUUCCCAAUGUCUGGCCAAACAAAAUCUAUCACUUCUCCAAACCUCACCCCAACAGAAUAUUGUUCCUCUCCUAAUCAUACCCCAACUGAGUCUACCUCACCAUUCAACCAAGUCCUUGUAGAAUCCAACCCAUCAAGUAACUCAAACCCAACUCAUUCCACUGCUUCUCAUGACACUGUCCCAGAUCCAUCCGUCAUUGUGGAUAACAGUAAGAAGGGCAAACUAAGUAACCUUAUCAAGGAGAAAAAAGCUGGAAGUUCUCCUGCCGCUAAAGGUGACAAGAAAGCAGGUGAUGCUGAGAUAAUGAGCAAAACUGCUCCUGGAGAAUCUGCCUCCCAUGGACCUCAGAGUCCUGAUGAAACCAAAGAGAAUGAUAGCACUAUGAAACCAGAGAGCCCUACAGAUCAAACUAAUCCCAUAUCACCCCCAGUGAAGCAAGCUAAAGUAAGCCAGUCCCACUACCAUUCAUCUACUGCCAAUGUACUCUCAAGCAGCAACCUAAGAGAUGACACAAAGCUCCUUUUAGGGCAGAUUUCUGCUAACAGCCAGAGCCGGACAGAAUUCACUAUAGAAUCUGCUGUCACUGAUGAUGCCAAACAGGAUGAGGCUGACCGGAGUGUUAGUGGUAAGGAGGAAGAAUCAGCCCAAGGACAGAGCAGAGGCCCGACUAGAACUUCUCAGGAGCGGGAGAAGCUACUUCAGAGAAUCGAGAGCAUGCGGAAGGAGAGGAAAGUAUACAGCCGCUUUGAGGUAAAGUACCAUACUGUAUCAAUAGGCCAGUAGAAAUUGACAAAAUACAAUUUUAAGGUACCUAUUGUACCCAAGGUACCCACUGUAUUGUGUUUUCACUCACACCUGCUUUCCUUCAUGUGAGCUCAUGUUUUCUGUUUAUUAUUCUGUAUUUUGAUAGAUGCCGCCUUAACCAGGGAUCGGAAGGAUGAUUGAGUAUGGAGAAAGACCAUCGCUAAUUCUCCUCUAAAACUUGUCCUUUAACUAUGUCCAUUCCCCAAAAGUCUAAAAUCACAGGUCAGAGAGGCACAACUAGCUAACCAGCAGAGAGGUAUUAUUCUCAGGUUUCUAUAUUAGAGUGUUCCUCCGAAUGGACUAUCUGCAUGUAAAUGAUUAAGGUUUAUGGGAACAUGAACAGAAACUUGACUAAGUUGACUAAGUUGACCAACAUGGACUACUGUAUAAGUAAACAGAGACUCUACAGUGUGGACAAUGGACUACUGCUAUCUACAAGGUGGGACUGAAACAUGCAAUCUCAUCAGAUAAAUACCCAGCUAAAUGUGCAAUAUAUUUGAAAAGUAUUGUGUUCAUAGACACAUCGGACACAUAGGUAUUGUUGACUGUAUGGGUCAACUGCAAAGUAAUAUCUGUUACUCUCAUGGUUGUUUAAUUAUUAUCUGUUUGAGGAUCUGUUUUAUAUACUAACAGACAUUUCAAAAUACAAACAUUAGAAUCACCAUUAAUCAUCAUAGAACAUGUAAUUAUCAUAAACAGUGCAAGUAUAGCUUUCAAGCAGUUAAUGGACUACUUUCUUCAUUUCAGUAGGUUAGUAGGUGUAACAAAUCAGGAUGACAAUGUGCAAGAUAAACCAAAUGCAGGUAACUGCCAAAAUAAUGUAAACACAUAUGUAAAUGAGGGAUACAAAGAAUAUUGAAGGCAUUUUCAUUCCACACAGGUGUGGUUCCUAAAUUAAUUAAGCAAUUAACAUCAUGCUUUGGGUCAUGUAUAAAAAUGCUGGGGCGGCCAUGUUUUUGGAUACUAUUGUUAUACCCCCAUAGGAUGACAUUGCUCCCAUCCGCAGGGCACAAGUGGUUACUGAAUGGUUUGAUGAGCAUUAAAACGAUGAAACCAUAUGCCAUGUUUGUCUCAGUCACCAGAUCUCAACCCAAUUGAACACUUCUGGGAGAUUCUGGAGUGGUGCCUGAGACAACGUUUUCCACCACCAUCAACAAAACACAAAUUAUGGAAUUUCUCAUGGAAGAAUGGUGUUGCAUCCCUCCAAUAGAGUUCCAGACACUCGCCAAAUCUAUGCCAAGGUGCAUUGAAGCUGUUCAUGGUGUUUCUUUGAUUUAUUUAUUUUAUUUUUUGGCAGUUACCUGUGUAUGCAUGAAUAAUCAUGUGUAUUUGCACAAAAAUUUUAAUGCCAUGGGACAUUGCGAUCUCCAGUUUGGACUUUCAAAAGUAUGUGGACACCUGCUCGUCGAAAACCUCAUUCCAAAAUCAUGGGAAAUAGUAUGGAGUUGGUCCCCCCCUUUACUGCUAUAACAGCCUCCACUCUUCUGGGAAGGCUUUCCAUUAGAUGUUGGAAC